GUCAACUUCCGCUUAGGUGAGUCAAGCCGACAACUCAGACAAGUCACAAGAAUUCUGAAACCGGGGCAUAGGCACAUAGAAACACUCCAAACAAAAUGUGGUCAUGGAUAGGGAAAGACGAACGGCGAAAGAAAGAGCCGGAGGUAUUCGCCACCGUGGUCGACGGGUUGAAGAAGUUAUACAAAACGAAACUUCUGCCCCUGGAAGAACAGUACAAAUUUCAUGAUUUCCACUCCCCUCAGCUUGAUGACCCAGAUUUUGAAGCAAACCCUAUGAUCCUUCUAGUCGGGCAGUACUCUACAGGUAAAACCACGUUCAUCAAGUAUCUCCUUGAGCAGGAAUUUCCCGGAAUGCGCAUUGGUCCCGAACCCACGACCGAUCGAUUUAUCGUUGUGAUGCACGGCGCCCACGAAGGUGUGACGCCAGGCAAUGCCCUAGUGGUCGACCCAAAGAAGCAAUUUCGACCUCUGACAAAAUUCGGGAAUGCAUUCCUAAACCGGCUUCAGUGUUCCACCGUCAAAAACUCUGUACUUGAGAGCAUCUCAAUAGUGGACACCCCAGGUAUUUUGUCAGGGGAGAAACAGCGCGUGGACAGGGGGUAUGAUUUUGCAGGUGUUUUAGAAUGGUUUGCUGAGAGAGUGGACCGUAUCAUCCUUCUUUUUGACGCUCACAAACUUGACAUUUCCGAUGAGUUUCGGCGGGCCAUAUCUCACUUAAAAGGAUAUGAGGAUAAAGUCCGCAUUGUGCUGAACAAGGCCGACCAUGUCAAUGCUCAGCAGUUGAUGCGUGUUUAUGGAGCUCUGAUGUGGUCGCUGGGAAAAGUGAUCAACACUCCAGAAGUGGCCAGGGUGUAUAUUGGUUCAUACUGGGACCAGCCUCUGCAGUACGACACCAACAGGAAGCUGUUUGACCUAGAAGAACAAGAUCUCUUUAAGGAUCUGCAGAGCCUCCCUCGAAAUGCAGCGCUUAGAAAGUUGAAUGACCUGAUAAAGCGGGCACGUUUGGCAAAGGUGCACUCUUACAUCAUAAGUGAACUCAGAAAACAGAUGCCAUCCAUGUUUGGCAAGGACAGCAAAAAGAAGGAGCUUAUAAAGAACCUUGACCAGAUCUACAAUGGCAUUCAGCGCGAAUACCAAAUCUCGCCCGGCGACUUCCCGGAUAUCAAUCGCAUGCGAGAGCAACUAGAGCACCAUGACUUCACCAAAUUCCACUCCUUCAAGCCGAAGCUGGUUGAAAAUGUGGACCUCAUGCUGGCCAAUGACAUAGCGCGUCUCAUGCAGAUGAUACCCCAUGAAGAGGCCGAGAUGGCAGAGCAGCCCAGUGUACAAGGCGGAGCUUUCGAGGCAUACAAUGAGAGCCCCUUUGGAAUUGGCCGAGGGGAGGGAGCUGAUGCAGGACGAGGUGAAGAGGAAUGGAUCGUGAAUAAAGAACGACACGACUACGAUGACGUAUUCCAACGACUUGGACCCAUCAAUGGAAAAAUCACUGGAGCUGCAGCUAAGUCAGAGAUGGUUAAAUCGAAGCUACCCAACAAUGUUCUUGGAAAGAUCUGGAAGUUGGCAGAUGUGGACAAGGAUGGCAUGUUGGAUGAAGAUGAAUGGGCUCUGGCUCAACACUUGAUUUCUAUUAAAGUAGAUGGACAUGAUCUUCCCCCUGAGUUACCGUAUCAUUUAAUACCUCCAUCAAAAAGAUGAAAUACCUAAAUUGUUUAUAUAUUUUAAUGAAGAAUAUUGGUUUAUCUUUAGAAUUUCAUCAUUAUAUGUAACCCUUUCCAAAGUCAGAAAAAUGGUGAAAACUACCCUAAAUUGGAAUACGGUCAAUAAUCAAAAACUACAGUCAACAAAGUGGCUGUUUUGAUCAAAAGGUAAAAACAUCUUUACUCUUUUUCCCAUUAUCAUUUUGUCUUAUGUACAGUGGUUCAGUGUAUCAACCUUUGCUCAUUGUUGUACACAUGAAAUUGCCAAAAAUAUAAAGAGAAAUAAUGUAUGUUAUACAUGUUGUAUUUGGCUUUGGUCAAGUUUCCAACCAGAGUAUGAAUUUGCUUUAAAAUUUUGGCACUAGUUCUGAGAAGAGAAGAGAAGAGUUCAGGGCAUUAAUUUUUUUUCACCAGUGCAAAAUAAUGAAGUGCAACCAUUUCAUAAAAGUUCAGUGUAAUAUUCAUGUCAUGAACAGUGAAUGUGGUCUUUAUGCUUUCAAUCUGACAGAAUUAUAUUUUGUAAAUAAGUCAUCGUAGCACUUGCACAUAUGUUUUACCUACGGUGCUUCUAGUUGCACUUAAUACAAAGUGAUAGGAAUAGAUAUUGUUUGUACAUUAAUAGAUGUGUACCAUGAUUGCCUUGAGAAUGUUAGGUUGUCUAUGUACAUUGUAUAUUGCUUAAAUAAUACCAUUGAUUGUCUGUGUUGAAAACUUGCCUUGAUGAAUGUAGAAGUAGAUGUAGAGAGUAGAUGCUUGUCAGAAUAGACAUAGAAUGUUGAACUAAUGGACUGUAUAUAGUAUAUUUAUAAAUCAUAGAAAAUGUACUUUUCAUUACUGUAACAGCUACAAUACGGUAUCAAAAUGGUAUAAUUAGCCAGUGAUGAAGGUCUAAUCCACCUGGCUUUAGUAUAUGGAGAUAGUGUUAUUCACAGGCUCCAUAAACACCAUUAUAAUCUUAAACAUCGAGGUUUUAGGCUUUGGCUGUUGGAAAUUCAGGAGUAUCUUUGUCUUGGCACUUCCUGGUAUACUUCCUGUUAAAUGUUCUGCUGAACUUUUUGUGAUAAUGUACAGUGGACUAUUAGUGGUUUGUGUUAAUGUGGCAAUGUUAGUGUCUACUGUAUAAGGCUGAGGUUGUAUGUUAUCCCAAAUGUUUUGUUAGAGCAAAAUACAUGUAUAGUAUUAGUUAUUUUGUCAGUGUUGGUGAAGUACUUUCAUUUUCCCCCAAUAUAAUUGAUAACCAGGAUGAGGGGGUUCGGCAAAUUAUUCUUCUUUUCGAUCUCUUAUGAGGGGAAAAUGACAUUAACUUCCUCAUUAAAACACUUCAUGCUGUGUGUUGUCAAUCUUCACUCUAAUGGUCAGCAA